UGUCCCUUUCCUCCUCCAUUUCCAUUUUUUCUUCUCCCCAAGUUCUCUGUUCUAAUGGCUGUUGACGUUCAUUCCUCUUUUCCCAAUGGAAUUCGUGAUCUUCCCACUAAUCCUGACGAAAUCGGUCAACUUCCAUUAAUGAAUGCUUCUGAUAAUCCCAAGCUCGACACUAAGCUUUCAGUCUCGCCCACUGUAGAUGAAAAUCAGAUGAAGCUCUCUGAUAAUGAAUCUCCCUCUUCUUCUUCUUCUUCUUCUUCUUCUUCGUCGUCGUUGUCGUUCGAUGUCGAGAAAUCAGAGGAUUCUACCCUUAACGGUCAUAUUCCUGUUCGUCCCCACCACGAAUUGAAUCUCAAUAAUGGAGAGAUACGCGUAUUGGAGCCUCAUUCUCAGCUUCCUAAACCCGAGGCCCCACCUGGACUUUCCGUUUCCUCCGUUGGUGAACCGCCGUACAAACGAUCGCAGAGUUUGGCCGAGAAUAACUCCGUCGACAUGUCGUCGAUUGGGAAGUUUAUACGGGAGAGAAGCAAUAGUUUAUCGGCCGCGAUUCUCAAGCGGAUUUCGUCGCUUAAGGAUGAAGAGAAGGACGACGUGGACGAGAACGGGAAGUCUCAGACCGGCGUCACUGAAAUCAACCUCUCCGGUUUCAAAGUGGUGGUGAAGCGGAAGAGCGAUGAAGAGAGAGACAGAGAACUGAAAGGAAGAAUCAGCUUCUUUUCGAGGUCGAAUUGCAGGGAUUGUAAAGCGGUUAGGAGUUUCUUCAACGAAAUGGGAUUGAGAUUUGUUGAGAUCAACGUCGACGUUUUUCCUCAGAGAGAGAAGGAGCUGAUGAAGAGGACUGGGAGUUCAUUGGUGCCGCAGAUUUUCUUCAACGAGAAGCAUUUUGGAGGUCUCGUGGCGCUGAACGCACUGAGAAACAGCGGCGAAUUUGACCGGAGAAUCAGAGAUAUGCUCAGCAAUAAAUGUCCCGACGACGCACCGGCUCCGCCGGUCUACGGUUUCGACGAUCCAGAGGAGGGAUCGCCGGACGAUCUACUGGAGAUCGUGAAAUUUCUUAGACAGAGAUUGCCGAUUCAGGACCGUCUGAUCAAGAUGAAGAUCGUCAAGAACUGCUUCUCCGGCAGCGAAAUGGUGGAAGCGCUUAUUCAGCGCCUUGAUUGCGGCCGUAGAAAGGCUGUUGAGAUUGGAAAGCAGAUGACCCAGAAGCUCUUUAUCCAUCAUGUCUUUGGGGAAAGUGAAUUUGUAGAUGGGAAACAUUUCUACCGUUUCCUUGAGCAUGGGCCAUUUAUAUCCCGGUGCUUCAAUUUCAGGGGCUCAGUUAAUGACAAUGAGCCCAAGCCCACCGCCAUGGUUGCACAAAAACUAGCCAAGAUCAUGUCCGCCAUUUUAGAGUCCUAUGCCUCUCAAGAUCUCCAACAUCUUGAUUAUCUCACCAUUAGCAACACCGAAGAGUUUCGAAGGUACAUGAACUUAAUUCAAGAUCUUCACCGCAUGAACCUCUUGGAAUUGUCACAUGAUGAAAAGUUGGCUUUUUUCUUAAACCUGUACAAUGCUAUGGUCAUCCAUGGCUUCAUACGAUUUGGACGAGUAGAGGGUGUAAUUGACAGAAAAUCCUUCUUCUCCGACUUCCAAUACUUGGUCGGCGGACACCCAUAUUCACUCAUCGCCAUAAAAAAUGGGAUUCUUAGAGGAAAUAGAAGGCCACCCUACUCCCUUAUCAAGCCCUUCAGCGCUUCUGACAAGCGAUUGGAGCUUGCGUUUGGGAAAGUGAAUCCAUUAAUUCACUUUGGACUGUGGAAUGGGACAAAGUCUAGCCCAAGACUCAGAUUCUUUACUCCUCAAGGAGUGGAAGCAGAGCUAAGAUGCGCCGCAAGGGAGUUCUUCCAAACUGGGGAAGUGGAGGUUGAUUUGGACAAUAGAACUGUGCAUCUCCCUGGAAUCAUCAAGUGGUUCAGUGUGGACUUCGGAGCAGAGAAGGAGAUUUUGAGGUGGAUAAUGAGGUUCUUGGAUGCCAAAAAAGCAGGCCUUUUGACGCACCUUUUGGGGGAUGGAGGUGCUGUCAACAUAGCCUACCAGAACUAUAACUGGACCAUGAAUUCUUGUUGAUGCAGAGGACAAAAAGCCUCAAUGAUUUUUGGUUUUCGGGCUUCGUCUUGGCAUUGCCACCCAUUAUUGUAAAUAAUAUCAUAGCUUUCUUCUUCU